AUCUUGGAUAAACCAUUGAAUAAACGGAUAUAUAUAAACUACAAAGCGAGUUUAAAAGGCGGGAGGAACUCGGGUAAGAAACUACAAUCCGCUGCCGUCGCGCUAUAUGCGACGUCAUCACUGCACGACGUCGACAAGACGGAAACAGGUUCAGCCAUCUUUGGCUCAACUUUGCCGGCGUUUGUGUGACAUGGAGCCAGACGAGGACCUACACCCCGACAGAGAUGACCUUCCACUCCGAGCCAAUACUAACCAUAUACUUGUCAGACAUUAUGUGCUUGACCUGAGAGUUAAUUUUGACAGGAAGGUUAUCAGUGGUAGUGUUGUUCUGUUCCUGGAGCCAUGCUCAGGUUUAGAGACUGAAGCUGAGCAUGAUAUUGGACCUGGAUCUGGGACUAAAGAGGCUGAUGGGGGUCAGGAUGUGUCUGUGUGUAAAUCUCAUAAUGUGGAUUCACUGGAGGAUGAUACAAAAGGGCAUGUGGAGACUACAACAAGGAUGGAGAAGAUGUUUGGUGCUGGAGAAAGAGAUGGGGCUGAAUUUCAGGAUUUGUCUAGCACUGGGUCACAGACUGCAGCUGAAACCGAAAAUAUUCAGUCUUCACAUUCAUGGGAAAGCACCAGUGCUGGUGAUUUCACCUUAGUGCUGGACUGCUGUGACCUCGAUGUGUCAAAAGUAGAAGAGGUGGACAUCGCCUUUGUGUCAGCUAAAUCUCCCCUCCUACCAGAGGUUGCAUCUGAGAGGUCAGGUGUCAGAUCGGUGAACCCACAAGCAGACUUUAUUCAGAACCUUAUCUGCACGUCCUCCAGCCGAUGGAGGCAGAAGCAGCAGCUCUUUUUGCUGUGCAGCAGAGCCCCUGGUGCUCAGGAUGGCAGCUCACUGCGUUUUUAUACAGACAGAUGGAGUCUGCAGGUGAGGAAGAAGGGGGUCACGUCACCUCAGGAGUUCCCUCGUGCUCUCAGGAUUUGGUAUGAGACCAGACCGACAGGAGGAUCUGUGAGGUGGACCAAAGACCAGGACAACAGGGUGUGUGUUUACACUGCCGGUUCUCCCAUCAACAACCGAGCCCUCUUCCCCUGCCAGGAGCCGCCUGUUGCCAUGUCAACAUGGCAGGCAACAGUACGGGUCCCCAGUGAGUGUGUGGUUUUGAUGAGCGGGGAGGAGCAGACUGUACCUAUUGAGGACGGGGACACACGCUCCUUAAUCUGGAAUUACUACGUCACUAUGCCCAUGCCUGCCUCCACCUUCACCUUGGCUGUGGGCCACUGGCACCAAGUCACAGCAGAAAUUCCCCCAGUGUUGGAAAAAGGGGUGAGGGACAGGACAGACUGGUGCGAGGAAGCCAAACUUGAGGCAAGACCUGGGGAAUGGACCGAGUCUGACCUUAUGUCUGGACUUGGAACCUCCGUCAGUGAAGUAGUAAAGGGCUCUCCAGUCAAGACUGGCAGCGGAGACCAGACCACCCGCUCAGACUCUGCAUUCUGUUACUCUUCCCUUGAGGACGAUGGCCCCUCUGUAACAGAUUAUUCAGGCAUGGUGGAUGACGGCAUCUCUUGUUCCCAUGGCGACUACCCUUGCCGAUUUACUGAGCAGGCGGCUAGGUCCCAGCGGGUGAUUCCACACCGUGUGUUUGGCCCCGUCUGCUUGCUACAGAAGGCCCAGACAGGAGUCCUCAAGCUUUUGCCUCGAUGUUUGGCUGCAGCCCACGCCGUUCUGGGGGUCCAUCCCUUUCCUCGCCUUGAUGUUCUUAUCGUCCCUGCGGGGUUCUCCAGUCUGGGCAUGGCCAGCCCCCAUAUAAUUUUCCUGUCCCAGAGCGUGUUGUGUGCUGGGAGUCCAGGUUCUGGAGAGAACAGCCUGUCUCUGUGUGGGUCCAGGAUAUGCCAUGAGAUUGCCCACUCCUGGUUUGGCCUGGUUAUCGGAGCCAGAGACUGGACUGAGGAAUGGAUCAGCGAGGGCUUUGCAACCUACCUGGAGGACAUUAUCUGGGCCCAAGCACAACAACUCUCCUUCCAAGAGGCAGCAGAACAGUCUGACCUGAAGGCACUGCUGAGGUGGAGACGGCUCUCUGAUGAGUUGCAGAACUCGGAGGAAGCACUUCAAAUCCUCAGACCGAACAUGGAGAACACUGGUCAGGUCAGCGAGUCAGGCUCCUCCACGGUUAAACAUGCUCUCAACCCUGACAAAACCUUCAUGCAAGUCCACUACCUCAAGGGUUAUUUCCUCCUCAGGUUCUUGGCGAGUCAAGUGGGAGAGAAACAAUUCAUCACCUUCUUCAGAUUAUUUGUGAAGAAAUACCAUGGGCAACUCAUUUUGUCUCAGGAUUUCCUGCGAAUGCUGCUGAUUACCUUUCCCGGCAUGGAGAGAAAAGGCCUCACCCUCGGUGCUAUUUAUGCUGACUGGCUCGAUCGACCGGGAAUUCCAAAGUGGCUGUAUGAAAGGAGCGCCGUGUGGUCACAGGCGAGGCUGGUGGAAGAAGUCAAAGCAGAGGUUGUAAAAUGGAUUCUCCUCAGUCAGAGUCAUCAGGGGAAGGGCAGAAAGCGGAAGAGAAUAGAGACCAAGGUGAACUACAAAGAGGUGACGUCGGAGCAGCUAGUGAUGCUUUUGGAGCUUCUGCUGGAGGAAGAGGAGCUGAGCGUGGCAGCUAUGCGAGCUCUGAAGAGAACUUACAACCUACAGAUGCAAGACGCUGAGAUCCGACAUCGCUGGUGUGAGCUUGUGGUCAAACAUGCGGACAAUCGUGCUUACGGAGAUGUGGAACACUUUCUGCUUCAUGACCAGGCCAUGGGUGUGUAUCUGUAUGGGGAGCUGAUGGUUCAAGAGGACGCUGAGCAGCAGGCUCUUGCCCGUCGCUGCCUGUCAUCGGUCCAGGAAGAAAUGGACCAAUCAGCACGCAGAGUGGUGGAGGAGAUGGUCCUAUGACAUUGGAGGUUGCAGACUACAGAAGGAGAUGACAGGAGUUUGGCACUCGGGGCUUACGAGGGUCCGGCGCUCACCUCCUCUUCCUCUGUAGGAGUGGGGACGCUGCAGAAUCGCUCAGCAGUGUGAACACCAGAAGGCUGCGCUCGUACGCCACAGCCAAGGCCAACUGGCGAGGUUUAGAGCACAGCAGUUCUGUCCAUUCAAUUCAAGAAAUAACUGGUGUGUGUGUGACCAAUAACAAUACAAGCUGUUCCUCGAGAGAUGCCAUGUUGUUGACUACAGUGUUGUUGUGGUAAGAGAGAAAAAUUACAUAAUUUCACAUUUUCGUUUUGAGAGAUAUUGAGGUGGAUGGAGACACUGCACAUCCAUCCAUGUUUAAGAACCUGAGCUGCUGUGUUUAGGUUAGUUUCUGUGUGUGCAGGUGGGAGUUCAUGUCUGUUUAGUCUGAAGCCAUGAUCUGGUUCUUAGACAGGAAAUACUUUCAGUGGAGACACAUUUUUAUACAUAACAAAUUACUUCACUCUGGCCAGUAAUGACACCGGAAAAUAUACAACCUCUCGGGGCAUUUCUAUAUGUGUAAAUGAUGGUUUUGUAACGGCUGUGCCAACAAAUAAUAAUGAUAAACCUGUUUUUGUCUUUGUUUUUUUUUAAGGGAUUUAUUUUUAUAUGUUCCUGUUAAAUAAAAUGUUUUCACAAAAAAAUGCAUUAGUUUUUUAAAUCUUAUUCCAUCAACGAAGAAGCAAAACCUGAAUAUCAUUUAAUACCCUGUGCCUAUUAUACUGAUUUUAUAUGUAACUAGGUAUGAAUAGCAUUGAAUUUCAUAGACAUCUGUAUA